AUGACUUCCACCAAACGUGAAGACUUUGAAGCAAUCUUCCCCUCGCUGGUCCAGGAUAUCCUUGGCCAUGCGAAGCGGUACAACUUGCCCGACAAUGCACUUGAGUGGUUCGAAAAGUCCUUGAAUGCCAACACUCCUGGUGGCAAGCUUAACAGGGGUCUCUCCGUGCCUGAUACUGGUCUUGCCCUCCUGAAGAAGCCCCUGAGUGCUGAGCAAUUUGAGCACCUGAGCAUUCUGGGAUGGCUCACCGAGCUCCUUCAGGCUUUCUUCCUGGUCAGUGAUGAUAUUAUGGACGGCUCCAUCACCCGUCGUGGCCAGCCCUGCUGGUACCGUUACGAGGGUGUCGGCCUGAUUGCCAUCAACGAUGCUUUCAUGCUCGAGUCCGCCAUCUACCUCGUUCUAAAGCAGCGCUUCCGUUCCCACCCUGCCUACAUUGACCUUGUAGAGCUGUUCCACGAGACUACCUGGCAAACCGAGCUCGGUCAGCUCUGUGACCUUAUCACCGCCCCCGAGGACAAUGUGAACCUUGACAACUUCUCCAUGGAGAAGUAUAUGUUCAUUGUUACCUACAAGACUGCCUACUACAGCUUCUAUCUCCCCGUUGCCUUGGCCCUGGUCUACCUGGAACAAGCCAGCCCCGAGAACCUCAAGCAGGCCCACGACAUCCUGAUCCCUCUGGGCCAAUACUUCCAGAUCCAGGAUGACUACCUCGACAACUUCGGCGACCCGUCUGUCAUUGGCAAGAUCGGUACCGACAUCCAGGACAACAAGUGCUCGUGGCUUGUCAACCAGGCCAUCCAGCGAUGCACACCGGAGCAGCGUGCAUUGCUCGACGCCUCGUACGGCCGCAAGGACAAGGCUGAGGAAGCCAAGGUCAAGGCGCUCUUCAACGAGUUGGGCCUCGAGAAGGUUUACAAGGAGUACGAGGAGAAGGUGGUUGGUGAGCUGCGCGAAAAGAUCGCCGCUGUUGACGAGGCCUCUGGUCUCACCAAGGAGGUCUUUGAGGCCUUCCUGGGCAAGAUUUACAAGCGCACCAAAUAG